AUGACGACCGAGCCAACGAUUGCUGCCAAGUGCACGGCAGAGUUCGUGGGCACCUUCCUCUUGAUCUUCACGGUGGGCUGCAACGUGUUGGGUGGAUCGGCGACCUGGGCCGGUGUGUCCAUCGCCUUUGUCCUGAUGGUGUGCAUCUAUGCACUGGGCGGCAUAUCGGGGGCGAAUUUCAACCCGGCCGUGUCCGUGACGCUGGGCAUCUCCCGUGCCAUGGGAGGUCCAGGUCUGGAUUGGAAGACGGUUGGCAUCUACGCCGGCGUGCAAACUGCUGCCGGCAUUUCGGCCGCCAUCUGCUAUUCCUUGCUCUUCGGCCAGAGCUUUAACCUGGCUCCUGCCAAAGGCUUCUCGUGGUACCAUGCGGGGCUCUGCGAACUCCUCUACACCUUCAUGCUGACCUUCGUUGUCAUGAAUGUGGCGGCUGCCAAGAAGAACGUCGCGGAGAAGAACCAGUACUACGGCAUGGCCAUCGCCUUCACCGUGGUUGCAGGUGCCUAUGGUGCCGGUGCUGUCUCCGGCGGCUGCUUCAACCCGGCCGUGGCUUUGGGCAUCGACGUGUCCAGCGCGGGCAGCGGCUUCGGUUGGUCCAUUGCCUACGUCGUCUUCGAGCUUCUGGGUGCUGCCAUGGCCGCCGCUCUCUUCAAGGUGGUUCGCCCUGAAGAUUUUGGAGGAGAGAAGAGCCAGGCGACCGAGCUGGUGAGCGAGUUCCUGGGAACCUACAUGUUGGUCCUCACCGUCGGCCUCAACGUCCUUGGCAGCUCUAAGGCUGCAGCCUUCUCCAUUGCUGCGGGCCUCACCUCGAUGAUCUACGCCCUGGGCGACGUCUCCGGUGCUCACUUCAACCCGGCCGUCACCGUUGCCAUUCUCGCCUCCGGCCGCUGCCCUGAGCUCACGCCAGCCAAGGCCGGUACCUAUGCCUCCCACCUCUUCGGCCUCGCCAUCGGCUCUUGCGUCACCGUCGGUGGCUUUGCCAUCGGUGGCAUCUCUGGUGGAUCCCUGAACCCGGCCGUCUCCUUCGGCAUUGCAGCAGCCAACAUUCUGAAUGGAGGCUUCUUCUUCAAAGCCUUCAUCUACUCAGGAUUCGAGCUCGUGGGUGCCGCAGUUGCUGCCGGCGUCUUCAAGGUGACCCACGAGCUUGAGUCCACCGCGAGUGAGAAGAAGGAAGUGGACGCCUGA